CCAUGGCAACCCGGGGCCGCCAUCUUGGGCUGUCCCCGCCCUCACCUGCGCUGCGCAGGUGAGCCGCCAUAUUGCGGCCCAGAGCGGAGCCGGGAUGCGGUGCGGCGGGGCGGGCGGCGGCUCCGUCCUUCCGCAGGGAGCCCUGGUGCUGCUGCUCGGUGCCUGCAGUGCUCUUUCCCUGGAAAUAAAAGCCAGUGCUAGCGUGCGAGCUUAUGUUGGCGAGCAGGUAGCACUGAAAUGCUCCUUCAAAUCCAGUUUGCCCAUCGCUGAGAGCCUGACGAUAGACUGGACGUACCGGCCCGUCACGGGGGGUCAGAUGGAGACAAUUUUUCAUUAUCAGUCUGUUCCAUACCCGACAACAGUGGGAAAGUUCAAAGACAGGAUAUCCUGGGUUGGGAAUGUUGCCAAGGGCGAUGCUUCCAUUGCUAUUGAAAGCCCAUCAAUGAGUGACAAUGGGACGUUCAUCUGCAGUGUGAAGAAUCCUCCGGACGUGUACCAUAACAUUCCCCAAACGAUGCUGGUAGUUACUGAGAGAGGCUUCUCCUUCCAGCUCACUUCAGCGGUGCUGCUGUCCAUUUUAGUGUUCCUCCCUUCCAUCAUUGUGGUUGUUCUGCUGCUGGUAAGGAUGGGAAGAAAAUUUGCAGUGCAAAAGGAGAAUAAAAAGCCUGGCUAUAAGAAAUCCUCCAUCGAAGUGUCUGAUGAGUCUGAACAUACAGGGACAGGCACCUGCUGGGGGAAACUCAGGGACCGGUGUCUGAACUGUGUGGACACAGAUGAGGAAGACCCAUACUGAUGAAAGUCUAAAGCUAUGCAUAAAGAACAAAAUGACAGCACUGAAAAUCAUGACUAGAUGAGUACGAAGGCUGCUGGAUAACCAGUGCAGAUUGAAGGACCUGCUCUAAUCUUUGUAGAUUGGAAGAAUAAUGCCGAUGGGAUAGUUCACUUUAAGCACAAAACAAUGAUUUUUGACAUCUUUCUGAUUUAGUGGAAAACCAAAAGUCUUUUAACCUCAUUUCUCCAGUGCCUGCAGAAAACUUGGUGCCUACAGCUGUACAGCCUGUUCCCUACCAGCAGCCUGCCAAUGCAGUUUCUCAGUUUACUUGCAGAUUUGCUUCCUUUAUUAUUGUGACAUCCCUCCUUUCCUGUGCCCUUGAAUCUGAAUUGCCUGAAGCACAGGCUACUCCAGACUGCUGUCAGCUCUCUAAGGUGAUAAUCAUUGGACAUUGACAACAAUUUCUUCUCCAUUUUUUGGGAAGUAUUUGCUAAGGACUGAAAACAGUCUGAAUUGGUACCUGGCUCAUUUGUCUUUGAGCAAGAGAACCUGCUGCUUUUAACUGUUUCUUGGUUUAAUCUGCCACUGGUUUGUUCCUGCUUUUUCCUGGUUCUGUUUUUAAGUCACCAGCUGCAACGUAAUGUUACCUUUAUAUUGUUGAGUUUUCCCUUUCCUUUUUACUUGUGAGUAUUUGUCCAGGGCUGCAUUAGUAGGUUCAUCUCCUACUUGUAGAAGUGAAGCACAAUUCAUACAAACCAAUUUUUAAAAAUCAGAAAUGCAAAUGGGGACUCUGUAUCUGGGGAAACAUAACCCCAUCUACCUCAACCAUUGACUGAAGCGAUGUCCAAAGGAAUCUUCCGUGUUCAGAAGAAGAGACGUGUUCCUCCUCUCUUCUUCUAGGUGCCUUUUGAGGGUAACAGCCAAACAUGCAUCAUUACUGCCCUCUGCGAGUGAGUACAUUCUCUUUCACCAACCUUCUCUGGUAAUGGAUGGCAGAGAGCAGUGGAAUUCAUGUCUGCUUAGCACCUAAACAGUUGCUGGUUUCAGCUUCCUUUCUGUAUGCGGCAUUGGUCAAAUAGCCUCCUUUUACACGUGUGUUUAAGUUUACUGUUUGUGCCAUUACCAAUAAAUUGCUUUGUUUCA